AGAUGGAGGGGGGGUGAGAGAGGCUGACCGAGAGUAACCCCGGCGGCUCGAGCCGCCCCGCGCGACCUUUCUCCUCCAUUGGCGGCGGCGCGCGCUCUUGUUUUCUCUCCUUCUGAAGUCCCCCCUCCCCUUUUCAAAAUAAUACCCAAGAUGGCGGCGCUGAGCAAAUCCAUCCCCCACAGCUGCUACGAGAUCGGGCACACCUGGCACCCGGACUGCGGGAGGGCCUUCGUGCACAUCACCCAAGGGGCCCUGGCAGAGUCGCUCCGCAUCUACGGCACCCUCUACCUGAUUGCUGCAAUUCUGCGAAAGAGAAAACUUGAUUAUUAUGUACACAAACUGCUCCCUGAAAUCCUGCAAUCAACAUCCUUUCUGACAGCAAAUGGAAGUCUAUACAUUGCAUUUUUCUGCAUUUUAAGGAAGAUCCUGGGUAAAUUCUAUUUUUGGACCCCUGGGCUUGGUGCAGCUUUACCAGCUUCUUACGUGGCUAUUCUUAUUGAGAGGAAGAGCAGGAGAGGGCUGCUUACAAUUUAUAUGGCUAAUUUGGCCACAGAAGCAUUGUUUCGCAUGGGAGUAUCGAGGGGAACAAUUACUCCUUUAAGACACGGAGAGGUCCUUUUGUUCUGCGCCACAGCUGCCCUGUUUAUGUUCUUUUUCAGAUGCAAGGACGGCUUGAAAGGUUUUACAUUCUCAGCACUGAAGUUCAUUGUAGGUAAAGAAGAAAUACCCACGCAUUCAUUUGCACCAGAAACAGUGUUUCUAAGAAGAGAGAGAAAAAGAAAACACCAUGAAGAAAUCAUACAGCGAAUGAACAUAAUUGCAGUAACAAAGAAAUUUGUAGACAAAGUAUGCAAACAUGGGCCGAGGCACAGAUGUUGUAAACAUUAUGAAGAUAACUGUAUCUCAUAUUGCAUCAAAGGCUUCAUUAGGAUGUUUAGCGUUGGUUACUUGAUCCAGUGUUGCCUUCGAAUCCCAUCAGCAUUCCGGCAUCUGUUUACAAAACCUUCCCGUCUGCUCUCCCUCUUCUACAACAAAGAAAAUUUCCAGCUUGGGGCUUUCCUGGGGUCAUUUGUCAGUAUAUACAAAGGUACGAGCUGUUUCUUACGGUGGGUAAGGAACCUGGACGAUGAACUCCAUGCGCUUAUUGCAGGGUCUCUGGCAGGAAUGUCAAUGAUGUUUUACAAAAGCACUACUAUUUCUAUGUAUCUGGCUUCUAAACUAGUGGAGACCAUGUAUUUCAAAGGCAUCGAAGCUGGAAAAGUUCCGUAUUUCCCACACGCGGACAGUAUCAUCUAUGCUGUAUCCACAGCUAUAUGCUUCCAAGCAGCUGUGAUGGAAGUUCAGAACCUGAGACCUUCAUAUUGGAAAUUCCUAUUACGGCUGACGAAGGGAAGGUUUGCUCUCAUGAACAGGAAGGUUUUGGAUGUAUUUGGCACCGAAGCAUCUAUGCAUUUCAAGGAUUUUAUACCUAAACUCGACCCUAGGUAUACGGUUGUACCCCCCGAGAUCCCUGUUGAGCAGUCCUGGAAGUGAUCCAAGAGUCUGUGGUUACGUCGGAGGAGCUAAUUAAUCUAACAGUCAGAUAGGCUGAGGAGGACUCACUUUCCACGUCAGCACAGUUUCAGUGUGUUAUGUUAUGGUGCCAAUCAGAACACACUCAAACGUUAUAGAGAGGAGAGGUGUUAAUUCCACUUCUCUCAUAGUAGAAAAAGCAUUUCUGCACCACUGAGACUGGUUGUCACAGUCUGAUGAUAGAGUUUUAUAUAAAUAUAUAAAUAAAUAAAUAUAUCUCGACGAAAUAAUAUAUCAAAAAAGAAAAUUUAUGAAAUCCCUGAAUGUGCAUAAAAUAAAAUAAAAAAGGCUUACAUUACAUUCAUUUUAAUUCAUUCCAAUAGAUAAUUUUUUUGGAAAAAAAUUGAUAUUUUUGCAUUUAGAAAAUAAAUGGUACAUGGAAAAACAUACACAUACAGAUGCUUUAUAGGUCUUAAAGUUAUUCUACAUUUUAUUUCCAAAGUCAAUUAUAGUGGGGAAGCUUUUCUGUGUUCUAGAUGGAAUUUUUUUAAAAAGAAAAAAAUACUUUUAUCACUGAAAACUGUUUAAAGAGGCAAUAUUUGUUGCCCUGUUUAUGACUGCACUGCUUACGUUCAGGUUUGGCUUUGAAAACUGCCUUCCUAGAGCAACGGCUCUUCUCUUAAAUCCAGUUGUACACCUUGGAUCACGUUGAAAGGGAGAGAAAACACUUAAUUUUUUUAGGUCUGGAUAACAUAGCUCUUAAAGAACUUAUAGACGCUUAUAUGAAUACCAGAAAAAGGCAAGACCACCGCAAGAUGGAAUGUAGUAAUUUUUGGAUGUUUGAGUAAAUCUCACAAACGACUAGAUGAAUUUAAGAAAUGUACACAAAAAAGACUUCAGAAAAUGGACAUUUCCUCGAAUGUGGAAUUAACUUGUCUAAGCCUGUGUACGAUGUCAGUAAUACAAUGGCCUUUGAAAGGAAUGAAAACCCCAAUGUGUAAUGGGUGAAUAAAACAGAAUGAUUUGUUAAGAA